CCAUACUGUACCUCGACCGCCCCCUCACACCUCCAACACUUCAAAAACAACACCCACAGAACCAUCAAACAUGCUGCCGUCCUCUCCACCCACCCUAAACCUAACCUACUUCAACAUCUCCGGCCGCGCCGAACCCAUCCGCCUCGCCCUGCACAUCGCCAACAUCCCCUUCACCGACACCCGUCUCAAAGCAGGCUGGGCGGAAACCAAACCCAAAACGCCCUACGGCCAAGUCCCCACUCUCGCCAUCACAUUCCCAGACACCGGUGGUGGCACCCACACGGCUGCCCAAGCCGACGCACUCCUGCGCUAUGUCGCCCGACUGGCUGACCCCGUCCAUGGCCUGUACCCCGUUGAGGACCCGCUGGCGUGUUUGAAGAUCGACGAGCUGGUGCGUGCGUGCGAUGAUGUAGAUGCUCUGAUCUCGCCGACGAUGGACGAACCCGACGCCGAGAAGAAACGCGCCGCCCGCCGGUCCCUGAUCGCCCCGGACGGUAGACUCACCACCUUCCUCACCAAAGUGGAUAGGAGGUUGCAGGCCGAUGGGUAUGUUCUGGGUGGGGAGAACCCGACGAUUGCGGAGUUGACUUGGCAUGGGAUGCUUUGGUGGUUGAAGUCGGGGUUGUUGGAUGGCGUGCCGAGGGAUUAUGUGGAUGGGUUUGAGAGGCUGGCGAAGUUGCAUGAGAGGGUUGAUGGGCAUCCGAAGGUGAGAGAGUGGAAGGGUAGGCAUCAGGAGUAGCCAGCCACCUUGGAUUCGGGUUUCGGAUUGGGCUUAGCAUUAGCAUCGACGGUGUCGCUUCGAUUUCAUUCUGUAUAUAUGACUUUCCCACGGCAAAAAAGAACUUUUGCGAAUGGCGUAUUUGUUCAUAUACGUACGUAUCAUACCGCACCCAAUGCGGAAACGAAGACCCC